AUGUUUUAUGUUUUGGGCUCGACGAUGCGGACGAAACCGGAAUAUCCAUGUUCCAGCGACGAAGUCAACCUCACGACCUGCAGCAGAUCGCAAGACGAAGACGAGAAGACGAAGAAGAAGAAGACUUCAGAAGCCAUUGACAUUACCGCUGCAGCCAUGGCCCGCCAUCCAGCCUUAGUCCUGUAUAAACGCGCGCUGAAGCUGUCGCUUGACUGGGCCGUCCACCGCAACCUCUGGCGCGGCCAGGCUGUCUACAUCCGCUCGCUCUUCGAGGCCAACAGGCAUGUCCGGAAUCCUCACGACCAGCGGGUCCUGCUGCAAGAAACGGAAAAACUGCUGGAGAAGUGGAAGCAUCCCGACCCUUACCGGGCGCCAACUGCCCCAGGAGGAUCCAAGUGGGAGAGAAACCUGCCUGUUCCAGUGCUGAACGAGCCACAACCACAGCAUCUAGCCAAGGUCGAAAACUAA